UGACGUCACCAAGUCUUUGACAGCACUUCCUGGAGUGGUGUUUGUUGUGGGAAAUGUCCACGGUGCUGCUCAGCUGAGGAUUUAGGCCACUGAAACGGCGGGGAGAGACGGCACAAACUACCGGGCUACACCACCUCCAAGCAUGUGGUCGCGACAGCUUUCGACCGGUAUCAGAUAAGAGAGACGAGACCGAGGAAGGACGAGCUGGAAAUAUCCCCGGACAGAGCAGAGCCGCCGACAGCACCGAGCUGUCGCGAUGUUGUAACUAAACCAUGGACAGCAGGAUAAAGGAGAAUCCAGAAAGAACAUUUGAUCUGGUUGUACAAGUGGCAUGUCCAGCAUCUGAAAAUGAGGAUCCAACCGUGCUGUGGAGCUUCCCCCAGGACCACACAGACCAGGAGGUCCUUCAGACGAUACCAAAGUUCUGCUUUCCCUUUGACGUGGAAAGGGUUUCCCAGAAUCAAGUGGGGCAGAAUUUCACCUUUGUGCUGACGGACAUCGACAGCAAACAGAGGUUUGGUUUCUGUCGACUCACCCAAGGCUGCCGGGUCUGCAUAUGUCUACUCAGUUACCUACCAUGGUUUGAAAUCUACUACAAGCUGCUAAAUACACUGGCAGACUACUUAGGAAAACAACAGGAAAAUGACUUGAAUGACAUGCUGAAUUCUCUCUAUGAUCUUCCUGUGCCAAAGCCCUUCACGCCAGUCAACCUGAGUGUGCACUCCUACUUCAUCGCCCCGGAUAUCAAUGGACUGCCAACUAUCCCUGAGAGUAGGAACCUGACAGAGUACUUUGUGGCUGUGGACAUCAACAACAUGCUCCAGCUCUACGCCAGUAUGCUGCACGAACGGCGCAUCAUCAUUACCUCAAGCAAGCUUAGCACUUUAACUGCAUGUGUCCACGGUGCAGCUGCUUUGCUCUUUCCGAUGUACUGGCAGCACAUCUUCAUCCCCGUGCUGCCCCCGCAUCUUCUGGACUACUGCUGUGCCCCCAUGCCAUACUUUGUGGGAGUUCAUCUUAGUCUGCUAGAGAGAGUACGCAGUCGAUCGCUGGAGGACGUGGUCAUUCUGAACGUGGACACAAACACCCUGGAGAGUCCCUUUGAUGACCUGCACAACCUGCCCAGUGAUGUGGUGUCCUCUCUGAAGAGCAAGCUGAAGAAGCAGUCAACGGCAACAGGGAGUGGCGUGGCGAGGGCCUUCCUGAGAGCGCAGGCCGCUCUGUUUGGUUCCUACCGGGAUGCCCUCAGAUACAAACCUGGAGAGCCGAUCACAUUCUGUGAAGAGAGCUUUGUGAACCAUCGCUCGAGCACCAUGAAGAACUUCUUGUCCAUGGCCGUCAACCUGCAGCUCUUCAAACAGUUCAUCGACGGACGGCUGGCCAAAUUGAACGCAGGCCGCGGCUUCACCGACGUGUUUGAAGAAGAGAUCACAGAGGGGGGCUUCUGUGGAAGUAAUUCAAGGUCGUACCAGCAGUGGAUGCACACUGUAAAGAGAGGAGGAGCCCUCUUCAACACAGCUGUCACAAAGGCCAAGGUUCACGCCAAGAGGGGCAUCCGGGACAUUAAGGGCAGACUUAAAGCAAGGGAAGAAGAGGAGGAGGGGAUGAUGGUCUGUGCAGGGUCUCCCACCAGCACCAAGAGCUUGUCUCCAAGGAGACUGCAGAAGAUGAGACGGCAGAACUUCAACAAGUCUCCCAUGAGCAUGGGCCCUCGAGAUCUGGGCUACGGGCUCGAUGAUGAUGAGCUGGACAGUGCGAGCAAGAUCUCCUCAGAGGACAGCGGUGACGUCCCUUCAUACACUGAGGACAGUGAUGACUCCUACUCUCUAGAAUUGGACAUCGACUCGUCCCGCUCAGGCCAGAUGAACCUGCUGGAGGAAAUCCUGGACUCUCUGAACACCACAACAAUAGAACAAGGAAAGCUCAGUGCUGCCAAGAGCCUGGACUUCUUCAGGUCCAUGGAUGAUUUGGACUACACGGCCCCGGCAAAGCCUCCACAGAGCAGUGAUUCUAAACCUGCAGAUGAGAGCAGCGAUGGGGAUCAGGGCGGGUGGAACAUGGGUCAGGACGACAGCGCCGUCCACGGAAAACACCUCCCACCGUCCCCCCGCCGACAGCCCAACAAGAGCAGCCUGAAGGUGUCGAAAACACCGGCGACAGUUCCUGCCGUUCCCACCAUCACAGCUACGCCCCCUCCACAGGACGCUGAUGUCUCCAAGUCACGCCCAGACCCUCAUCCUCCACCUCCAGGGCGACAACCAGAAAACCGCUUCUCCUACUCGCCCUACAUGUCCCAUAGAGUAACCCCCACACCGCCGUCGCCCACUUUGUCACACACCUACAGCCCCAACUAUUCUCCUCUGCCAGCUGGCCGGUCUCGGACCAUCUCAGACCCUCAGACCGGCUCUGAGCCUUGUCAGGUUCAGAACCAGACUGCCUCCACCAGCAUCCUGAGGAGGAAGGUGCUGUCCAAGGAGACGGUGAAGAACUACCAGGAAAAGGCCCUCCAGAGGCAGGCCAGCAAGGGGCAGCGCGAGGGUCAGAGGAGCCCGUCGAGGUCAACUAUGCAGGUCCAGUGGGAGAAAGACGUGUCCAAGGAGGGGCUGCUUGGACUUGGCCUGUGCAUGGGUCAGGGUAAAGGCUCAGGGGCAGCUGUGGUGCAGGAUCAAGGCCUCCUCGAGGAGAUUGAGUCCAUGUGUUGCCUCGGCCCGGUUCUGCACACCAGCCUGCAGCUCUCACAGGUUCACUGCAACAACAGUCACCACCAGGUCCAGGGAAAAGCUACAGAUGAGUCCUAAGUGACGUCAAGGACUCGUGUCUGUAAACCGCCAUAAAAUCUUCUAUUAUAACCGUCUCAGAGAACAGGAUCAGUUCUGACCUUUUUUUUGUUUUUAUCUCAAAACUCAGCCAUGAGAUAAACUUCUGAACAAAUCAGAUGCAGGCCAACACAAACAAAUAGUUUCAGAACAGAGAACAAAAGAGGAUGAAAUGAUGCGUUGCGGUGUUCUCCAUCUGUCAUCUAUAUCCACGUUUCUAGAUUCAAGAUCUUAUUUGUAAUAAAUGAGAAAGACAGCUCGUUUGGAGAAUUUUCUUAAAAAAUACAUCAGUAUUAUCAUACAUAAAGAAAUUUACCUAAAAUCAGAAAGAAAUGGACUUAAAACACUUUGGUUUGAAAUGGAAAUAAAGUUAAAUAAUCAUUUUUGAAGCAUUUAGACAUGUUUAAGUGCUUUUCCUCAGCCUCGAGCUGAGGUAAAGUAGGUAUUCUACUGAAAUGACAGCAUCAUUUUUUAAAAACAAGGAAAUUGUCUUGUGAACUGAGAUUGUGGUGCUCAGUGACCACAAUCUGAGGCCAUAUUACAGUCUUGAUUCAUAUUUCACUAGUGUACUCUAUGAAUUUUCUCACAAACAACAAAUUACUUGACAAGAAAGAGAUUUUUGCAGUGAGUUUUUAACUGGGUUUCAUCUUUCGGUCUGUAAUCUUCUAAAUUUCUGAACAACAUUUCUAUUUUCAUAUGUUGUAUUUUUCAUUUUAUAAUAUAUUCACAUUACAGAACCCCAAAAGAAAGAUGCUUGAAUUCACAUUUUGGGUAAAUAAGUAGCCGACGGGCAGUGGAGGAGUUUUUCAUCUUUGCCUGAAAGGAAUUUAGAAAAGUUUGAGUCUUUAAUCUGGAUUAAGAAGGGACGAUAUCUCCGCAACUAACCAUCAUGUCGCUCUUUAACUCGGCGUUUUAAACAUUUCACAUAAUCCAUUUGCACUCGUGAAUUAACAAAUAUUACUCGCUUAUUACUACUUGGUACUAAAAUCUUCUGAUCAGAAACAUUAAGACCAGAUUGUUCAGACUUACAGUCCACUCGGGCCUUUGAAACUAAUUACAUGUUAUGUGUUGUUUUUUUAAUCACUAUACCUUAAUUGUAUGUGAUUUGAGUUUAAUACUCUGAUGUCUUAAUCGAUAGAUACGGCAGCAGGUACUUUGUAAUCGGAGUCACUGAUACGGUCAGAUCCUACAGCAGCUCAUAGUUCUUACACCACACUGUAUUCCUGUGGAUCAGUAGAAUAGUUAAUAUAUAUGACGAGCUGUAAGCUGCUGUUUGAAUUGCAUUCCAGCUAAUAGGAUGUAGGAGCCCCUCUUCCUCUGUCUCCCUCCUCUUCCUCAGGAUCUUCAUCACUCUAUAAAGAUGCGAGUUCAGUCAAAAUUUAAAACAGACGACCUGUAAAAGCCCAUGUCCAUGCCUCACGUCCUUUACUUUCACUUUUCCGCUCUUUUCCUCCUGUCGUCUCUCAAAUUCUCUGCCUUUUGCUACUUUCCGCACAUCUAACUCUCGCUGUCCACCUUAAAUACUGGGGCCAGUUCUGGCUGAGCCCAUGAGGUUUGGCGUGGAGUUGGAAACGUGAACUUUAAAGGAUAUGGCUGGCAAUACUCCACAUUUUUAUGAUCAACAAAUCCCAUGGAAGGACCCAAACCUAACAGUGAUUUAUGCCCUUUAUUCCAUCCCUCUGUGGUUUCAGACUUCCUUCGCCGGUCUGUGGCUCCCAGCCUCAGAGCAGCAGCUGUUUGUUCCCACUAAACUUUUAAAACGGACCACAAAUAUCAGGAAUAAAUAGUGUGUUUGUUUCAGCUGUACAUUAUUAAGAAGGAUGAACUCAUUGCUGAUAGAAUCACUGUUGGUUUUGGGUUUUCUGCAGGAUCCGAAAGCUCAAAUUAUCAUCGAUCUCGUUAUCUUUUCGUCUGUCUUGGUUUCUUUCUGUGGCACACGAGGAAAUGCAAUCUGUCCGUCUGGGUUAGAGUCGCACACUGUAAUACGAUGCAGUGGUUGAUGAUUGUACUGUAAUGAAGCAAUAUAGUUCCCCUCAGAGUCGCUACAUGGAUGUAAUGUGCACAGUCUAAAGUAUUUCUAUAACAGACUCUCCUGUGGAGAGAAACGCUGCGUCCAGAGAGUGUGGCUUCCCAUCAUUCUCUGCGUCGCCACAAACCCAGAGAAAAGGGGAACGCUUUUUUCAUGUGCUUGUGUUGGGAUUAUUACAUUUAUGGUUCGUUGUUCUUAUGAUUUAUGCCAGACGCCAGUCGGUGCGGCAGUUUAAUAGCAGCUAUUUCUCCACUUUUUGAGUGCUGCUCUGCGUUAACGAUUUGCUCAUAAAGUCUUUGGCAUGCUUCUAAAAGCCCCAAAAUCAGUCCUAGUAAUUCCAAAAAGAAAGGAAAAAAAAAAAAACCUGACUCCAGAACAAUCUCUGCACUGGCCUUGUGCAUUAUAAACACUUAAAAAAAACAACUUAUGUACUAUGCAAAUAUUUAAAAUCCUCAAAAAGGUCAGUUUUCUUUACCAGUAAUUACUAACUAUAAUUCAGGAUUCUACUCAAUAAAAACACAGAUUAGUUUCUGAUGUAAGCGAGCCUCAUGCGUCCCUAUGAGAGUAAAUAAAUAAAAGACUAUUGUAGUGUGUGUGAGGUGCUGAGGUGUGUAAUGAUGGAGUGUAUGGCGUGCCUUAUACAGUAAGAGUACCACCCAGUAGGAUCACAGCACGGUCCAGUAUUACAGGAUGGAGGUGUAUGCAAUGUUUUCAGACCGCCUUUCACCGCAGUAACAAACACUGAUCAAUGUGGAGUUUAAUGAUGAACAAAAGCCCUGCUUGGACCUCAGAAACCAACCUGCCGUGAGCUUUGGGUCCUGGCGUUGUUUUUGUAGCUGUUUGGUUGUGAGUUCGUGCUGCUGCUCAGAUGAUGGUUCAGUGUUUUCUCUGCUGCGGUGGUCGGUGGGUUCUUCCUGCUUUAAGACAGGAUCUCUGGGUUUGUUUUUGUAAAUUAGGUACUUCCUUUGAUUGUACUGUUAGGUGAUUGCUUGUAUAGUUUGUGCUCUUUUUAUUCUUUUCUGCUUUCCUUUCUUUCUUUUUUAUUUUGGACUUUGAACACUUGCUCUGAGCUAACUGUAUUUAAAAAAUCUCUCAGAGGAGUUUCUCUAAUUGAUUUCCUAUCGAUGACAAAUUAUUAUUUUUAACUGAAUAGACGUGUAUUUUUGCUGGCUUGAGUAUAUUUUACAUGGAUAAUAUAUGAUUGGUGUUAUAUGUUGUAUAAAAAAAAAGACACCUAAUAUUUGAAUGUUUUAGAUUUUAUUUUUGGAAAGAACAAAAGAGAAUAUUAACAAAUGUCCCAUGUAGCCAUUUAUGUUCAGAAGCAUUUGACAACUUCUAAUCAAAAUCCGCAGAGACUGACGCUUGCUCUACGUGGUACACCUGUUGUAUCUGCAUGUACGUACCUGUUUGUGCUAUGAUUUAGCUGGUUUUGUUUUGCAGAUGUGGUCUGUUUUCGUUGGUAUUAACAUGAUUUCAGUAUUUAGCUCUUCCAUCAAACUGAGAAUGGUGGACGUUAACAUCGGUAAACUCACUCUGCCUUGCUUUGACUAUUGUGGAGUUAAAUGUAUCUGCAAUACGUUUAUUUUGUAGGAAAAGGAAAAACAUUUCUGCUUUUUUGUUUAAUUUUGUUUCUAGCUACUGUAAAUCUAAUCGUAGAAGAUUGUGGGGAGAAAUACUUGAACAGCCAGCUGCUGUUGAGGACGAUUUGAAAAGCUUUAGUAACUCUGGUUCCUUUCACACUAAUGAUAUACAACAAAGAAGAAAUAAUCGUAAGGGGAUUUGCAUUUCAAUGUCUGCAGGCUCGUGAAAGCUAAGGGUACCGGUACUCUGCUUACAAUAGAGUGUAACAUUAUCAGUAAAUAUAUAGCUAAUAUAAUUGUCCUGAAAUGGCAAAUUGGUAGUGAGAGGGAGGCGGCAGAUUAUGUAGCAGCUUUUACUGAGGUAUGAAAUAAAAACACAGGUUCAGCUUUACAAAGACAGAAACAUCACGAAUUCCCCUAAAAACCGACUUUUCCAGUGUCAGGAUCAGUACGCUGAAUGUUACAGUGAGCAUCUUUUUCUCAGUCUCUUGUUUGAGUAUUGUAAUGAUGAUUAACUCUUUGGUAUGACAUUUACUGAUUUUCUGAUGCUGUGCACACUUGCAUGUUCUCAUGACAGAAACAAUUGUCGUAAACAACUGAGGUCAAUCUAAUGUGCUAUUGAUGAGUAACUUGGUACAACUGCACACGAUGUAUGCACUGUGAACUGAAAUAAAUUAUACUGUUUCAUGCUUA